AAUUAAUGGAAGUGAAGGUGACAAACUCCUCCACCAUCCUCACAAGCCCCAUCUCUCACCCUUCCGACGUCCCCCUCACCAUCUUCGACCGUUUUGCCCUCAACUACCACAUCGCCGUCCUCUAUGCCUUCACUCCUCCCACCUCCACCAACGCUGCCAUCAUCUCCGGCCUCUCCAAGACCCUCGUCCACUUCCCAACUCUCACCGCCAACGUCUCUACUGACUCACGUGGCCGCCCUUCUCUUACUGUCGGAAGACCUGAUGGAGGUGCGCUCGUCGUUGAGGCUACUGUCUCAUCCAAACUAGAAGAUCACCUGCCUCUCACUCCCUCACCGAUCUUCAGACUCCUCCAUCCUGAUGUCAAUGACUACGGCGGGCUGGUCAUUGGCGUCACUGCCCACCACCGUGUCGCUGACGGCCAGUCCAUGGUCUCUUUCUUGGUAGCAUGGGGGAAGAUGGUACGUGGUAUCCCCAUUGAUCCACUUCCAGUCUAUGAUCAGUCAUGGCUCAAGCCUAGGGAUCCCCAUCUGGUGCAAUUUGAUCACUGGGGGAGUGAAUUCAUGCCCCUAUCUCCUCAACCAAAUGAGUUUAUUAAUAUCACUAGGACUGAUGUUGAUCCUAGUGAGAUCACCAACUUGCUGUUGCACUUUUCUCCGGACUUUAUCAUGAAGCUCAAAGCUCAGACCAAUAAAUUAAACACUGAAAAACACACCACGUUUGAGACACUAGCAGGGUAUCUAUGGAGGAAAGUGACGAUAGCACGGCAGUUGGAUGAUGAGGAGUGUACUAUGUUGAGUGUACCAGUCAAUGGCCGGCGUCGGUUACAGCCUCCGGUGCCACUGGAGUUUUUUGGUAACUUGGCUUUGAAUGUAUAUCCGAAAGCAAAAGGAAGGGCAUUGAUUGAAGGUGGGGUGGCGACUGCAGCGGGGAUUGUUCGUGAGGCGGUGAGAGUUAUGGGAGAUGAUUAUUUCCGGUCGUUUAUUGACUUUGGUGAAGUUUACGGAGAUAGAGAUCUUGUGGCUUGCAAUGAGAAGCCCGGCAAUGUGCUGUCACCAAAUAUGGAAGUUGAUAGCUGGUUAGGGCUUGUGUUCGAUGUGGUUGAUUUUGGUGGAGGUGUGAAGCUUUGUGGUAUUUCAUUGACAUGGAUGCCUUUUGAAGGAUUGUCAAUCCUCAUCCCUUCUUUGUCUCCGGAUGGUGGCGUGGAUGUUUUUCUUUCUCUGCUUGAAAAGCAUGCAACGAAAUUUAGGGAGAUAUCUCACUCUUUGGAUUAGGGUUAAUUAGGGUUCGUCUGGCUAAUCAGUUUCUUUUGGAGCACUGUUAUG